AUGUCUAGCGGAGAAGAAGAAAUCGAUGGAAAACCGAUAGGAGAGCUGCGAGUGAUCGACCUCAAGGAACUUCUGGACAAAAGAGGCUUAUCGAAGACCGGCAGUAAGACCGCUCUCGUAAAGCGUCUUCGAGAGUCUUGCGGUAGUGACCUCGUAGCAGAGUACUUGGAGAAACAGCAGAUCGCUCUGCAAGCAGCCAAGAAAGCAGCGGGUAACGUCUCGUAA